CACCUCUUCCUUCCCCGGGACCAGAUCCUCGGCGGGCUGCCCAGCCUCCGCCUGCGCCCGCCCCGUCUGGGCUGCAGGCGAACCUGGAAGGAGCGGGUGUCUCGCCAUCCCGGGUCUCCUCCUCCGCAUCCCCUGGAAUUUCCGGGGAUCGGGUUACGCGACCCUCCUCCUCCUCCUCCUCUCCGGCUGCAGACUUCCAGCGAGCGGGACCAGAGGCGACGGGGCGGGCGGUGGGAAUUUUGGACAGCUCUGCAGUCAAACCUCGAGUCCCGACGAUGAAUAUCCUUGCCCCCGUCAGGCGGGACCGCGUCAUUGCCGAACUGCCACCGUGCUUCACCAAAGGGGCCGCGCUCCAUUCCAGGACCUCCUUUCACCCCAAAGUAGUUGGGAUGUGCCAGUCCCAGAGGACGGGGACAGUGGGGUUUAAAAUUUCCAAGAUCAUCGUAGUCGGUGACCUCUCUGUGGGGAAGACCUGCUUGAUCAACCGCUUUUGCAAAGACACUUUUGACAAGAACUACAAAGCCACCAUUGGGGUGGACUUUGAGAUGGAGCGGUUUGAGGUGCUGGGAGUCCCCUUCAGCCUACAGUUGUGGGACACGGCCGGCCAGGAACGCUUCAAAUGCAUCGCCUCCACCUACUACCGUGGUGCUCAAGCCAUCAUCAUCGUCUUUGACCUGAACGACGUGGCAUCCCUGGGCCACACCAGGCAGUGGCUGGCUGAUGCCCUGAAGGAGAAUGACCCUUCUAGCGCCAUUCUCUUCCUCGUCGGCACCAAGAAGGAUCUCAGCUCUCCGGCGCAGUACAGCCUCAUCGAGAGGGAAGCUCUCAAGGUGGCCAAGGAAAUGGAGGCCGAAUAUUGGGCUGUCUCCUCGCUCACAGGUGAGAAUGUGCGGGAAUUCUUUUUCCGGGUUGCAGCGCUGACCUUCGAGGGCAGCGUGAUGGCGGAGCUGGAGAGGAGCAGCGCAAGAAGGAUUGGCGACGUCGUGCGGAUCCACAGUGACGAGCGGGACCUUUACCUGACCGAGAAGCGUCGGAAAGCGAAAUGUUGCCAGUGACGCAAGUUGGGGGAAGGAAUUUCACCGGCCUGAACAUUUGCACUGAACUUAUUUCUAUACCAAAGAAAAGUGUUGCUGUUUUUUAAUGAUUUUUUUAAAAGAAAAGAACAGAUUGCCUCUUAUAUAGGACCAUCGCAAGCUGCUUUGUACUAAGUUGAACCAUCGCUCCAUCUAGCUCAGUAUUGCCUGCACUGACCGGCAGCAGUGGCUCUCCGGGAUUUGAGGCAGAAGACCUCCCCAGCCCCACCUGGGCUUGCUGCCGCGGACUGAGCCUGGGAUUGUUUUCCAUGCAGAAAGCAGGUGCUCUAACCACUGAGCAGUAUGUCAUUCCUGCAUUGGAAAGGGUUAGACUAGAUGACUCUUGGAGCUCCCUUCCAACUCUACAAUUGAUCCUCUUCCCUGGGUGAAGCUGGUCUGUUUUUCUGCCCCCAGAGCUCUCCCACCCCCAAAUAUUUCUGCCCUCUUGGCUUCUUGUGGGGCAGCCCAGGAAGAGAAUAAUCAGUUUUUCUACAUUCAUUUCUACAUUCCAUGGGUUCCUUCGCCACAACCGUUUCCUGUUGGUGACAUCAAUUCCUGUGCCAGGAUAUGUAAGAUGGUGCCCUGGUUCUGGUGUCAUGGGACAUGUCCCACCCCAUUGGGCACAAAGACCCCCCUUGCCCCCCCCAAAAAACCCUAUUGCAGACAGCAAUCAUUAACCAAAGCACCUCUGGUCUCCUGGUACGAAUCGCAUUUGGUCAUAAUAAAAGUUGAAAUGUUG